GUUGAGAACAAAUUCCAAACAAAUUAAUCGAGAAUCAAAACUUCAGUCCCCGCUCAACUCCCUUUCUUCUUCCCUUGCUUUCCCAGCUGCUUCGUCCCCUCCAAAAAAGAAAACCUUUCCCUGUCAAGACAAAAAAGCUUUCCAUGCGUCGUCAAUCGGUGGUUCUGGUUCCUCGUCGGUGGUUUUGGCCUCCUCGCCAGUCGCCGGUAGUUCUGGUCUCUUUUCUCGCCUCCUCUCCACCUGUUAGCUUGCUCGGCCGGUAGUUCCAAGAAAGAAGUAAGCUUGCUCGGCCGGUGGUUCUCCGUCAAUCUCCUCCCCGCGGCAAGUUGGUUGUAGGUAUGCUCGUGAAGAGACGAGACAUGAUAAUGGAUCACUGCCGAUUUAGGACUACAACAUAGAGCUGGCGAAUCAAAGAGGACAGAAGGUUAAAUUGGAGUCUGAGUCUGAGCAAAGGUUGGUUUUCCUGGGAAAAUAUUCAUUCAAUUGAGAAACAAACACUGUGUUCUUCUUCAAUGGGAAGGUGGAAAAUCGGACUCCAGAUGUCUACAAGGAGAUACAGACUUGGAUCAUGAAGAGGUUUCAUGCCAAUCCAAACACAAACAUUGAACUGAAAUAUCUGUCGGAGCUGUCUAUUGGGGAUAUAGAUGCAAGAUGCUGACAAGGCAGAGCAAACAGACUCUUUAAUUGAAAAGUUGUAUCAGUUAGAACAUAAGCAAUCCUCUGUACAAUUAGUUCCAAGAGCCAACGUGUCAGCAGCGGCAGUGCCUUACAUUCUCCGCAACCCUACAUUCUUCGCACAGAUAAUAACAACAUCAACAAUGUCAGCAGCAGUGGAGCAAACUCCGCAACCCUACAUUCUUCGCCUUCAACAAUCCCUUGUCUCCUGCUCCAAGAUAUACAGUUGGAAAACAUGGGAAUUCCAGGCAAUUCUGCAAGCAAAGAAGAACAAGGUGAUGAGGCGACAAACCACCUUUGCUUUCCAUCAUGGAUCACAUCCAUGGAGCAGAAACCGGUUUUUGAUUUGGAUGGCUAUUGUCGAUGCCCUUUCAUUUGAGUUGCCCAAAGUUAUUGCCAAGUUUGCAGGAGUGUCCGAGAGGUGCCGUGGGAUCGUUGAAACUAUUAUUGCUCAUUUCUUGACAAAAUGUAGCCCACGGGACAUGAUUUCAGUAUUCUCCGAGGUAUAUACUCCGAGGAAUGCGCCUUAUGCUAGUGAGGAAAUUGAUGUGGUUCGUGAGAAAUUGGCUAAAUUUUUACCAGCAAGUAUUUAUUAUUGGCCCGAGCGCGCUUGGUCGAGUUGUUUGAUAUUAAAAUGUAUGCGUACGUUGAAAUUGGAACGUACAAAUAUUUAAAUAUAGUACAUGCACUUUGGUUUUGGGGUAUAUUAAAUAUAAAAAACAACAGUUAUUGUUUUUAUAUUUGUUAUACAGGUUGCGAUAUUCUAUUAUUGUUGUGA